UUAUCCAUCCAUUCCUAUAUAUACCCUCCUUCCUCAAAACAAACCUACCACCUCAUUCAUUCUUCUUUCUCUAAUACAUACACUCUUCUUCAUACUUACUCAUUCUCCUUCAACAACAAAAAUACAAAGUUAGUUAUAAAAAGUUAUUAACAGAAUAACAGAAAAAAUGGAAUUAGGAGGAAGUUCCACAGAUGAAACUGUCACAAGCAAUGACUCUCUUUCGGCGAACUUAUCUACACCGCCGCCAACGCUGAACUCACUAAGCCGCGUUGGCAGUGCUGCUAGCUCCGUCGUGGAUCCAGAAAUCUACGGCGUCUCCGGUGAGGCGGAGUCUCGUAAACUUCCAUCGUCGAAAUACAAAGGCGUGGUGCCACAGCCUAACGGACGUUGGGGAGCACAGAUUUACGAGAAACACCAGCGUGUGUGGCUUGGUACGUUCAAUGAAGAAGACGAAGCAGCCAGAGCCUAUGACAUAGCCGCCUUGAGAUUCCGUGGAAAAGAUGCUGUUACAAAUUCUAAAAGUCUCACUGGCGUUGGUAACGACGCCGACGAAGGUGAAACUGAGUUUCUGAAUUCACAUUCUAAGUCGGAGAUUGUUGAUAUGCUUCGGAAACACACCUACGAUGACGAGCUUAAGCAAAGCAUGCGUGACAUGAGCGGUGGAAGACAGCGGCGUAACGGAGAAUUGAAUGGUGCGGUUUCACGUGGCGCGUGUGAUGCUAAAGCGCGUGAGCAGUUGUUUGAGAAAACGGUUACGCCGAGUGACGUGGGGAAGUUGAAUCGGUUGGUGAUACCGAAACAGCAUGCGGAGAAGCAUUUUCCGUUGAAUGCAGUUGCUGUUGCCGUCGCAUGCGACGGAGUCUCGACGGCUGCUGCGGCGGCGAAGGGUUUGCUUUUGAAUUUCGAAGACGUUGGAGGGAAAGUGUGGCGAUUUCGUUAUUCUUAUUGGAAUAGUAGCCAGAGUUAUGUUUUGACCAAAGGAUGGAGCCGGUUCGUUAAGGAGAAGAAUCUCCGAGCCGGUGAUGCGGUUCGGUUUUUUAGGUCGACUGGACCGGACCGGCAGCUUUACAUUGACUGUAAAGCAAGGAGCAUUGGUGUUGUCGGUGGUCAGGUUGAUAAUAAUAAUAAUAAUACUGGUGGUUUGUUUAUUACGGUUCGACCGGUAGUUGAACCGGUUCAGAUGGUUCGGCUUUUUGGGGUGAAUCUUUUGAAACUACCUGGUUCAGAAGGAGUUGGUGGUAGUUGCAAUGGAAAGAGGAAAGAAAUGGAAUUGUUCGCCUUAGAAUGCAGCAAAAAGCCAAAGAUAAUUGGAGCCUUAUAACAUUAUAUUAAUUAAAAGUUAUUUUUCUUUUUAAUUUUUAAAGUUUUUGUGAAUUUUCAAAUUAUGUGAUUGAUCAAAUCAUGAGGAAAAGAAUUAGAAGAAGUAAUAGUGGUGUAGUUGCAACUUGCAAGUUGCAAGAAUGCACGUUGCAAAAGCUGAAUUGUACAUUAUUAGACAAAAAUUUGUGAUAUUAGGGCAACAAUAAUUGUUGGGUGUAUAACAACAAAAAAUGUUUUUUGAAGAUGAAAUGAAGGAAGACAACUGUUUAUUCUAUGUUCUACUGUUCAUGUAAUUGUCAUUAUUAAUUAAUAGCAAUGUACACUCAUCA